AUGGCCGAAAUUAACGUCGCUGCAGUCCUCACCCCCAAGCCGGAGAAAUUUGAGGAGGUGUCCACCCUCGUAUCUGAAGUGAUCAAGCAGGUCCAAGAGCACGAACCAGACACCUUGCUCUACUACGCCUUCCAGCUCAAAGACAAGAACGAGAUUGUGAUCGUUGAGAGGUAUAAGAACCAGUCAGCGGUCCAGGCCCAUGUCCGGGCGCCUUACUUCCGUUCCUUCGCGGGCCAACUACCCGCCCUACUGGCGAAACCGUCGGAGCUGAGAGCUGGAGGAUUCCUGGGCGGUUCCAAGGGCGUAUCGCGACUUUAA